AUGAUGUUCAGAAAUCAACCAAUCGCUAUCAUUGGAGUUGGAUGCAAGCUACCAGGUGAUAUAACAAACAUCGAUCAGUUCUGGAAUAUUGUUGCCAAUGGCACCGACUGUUUGACAAACAUUCCCACAGAUAGAUGGGAUGCUGACACCCUUGCUUCCAAGGAGUUCAAGCUCAACAACCGCAUCGGUGGCUUCAUCAACGACAUUGACAAGUUUGAUCCACAGUUCUUUGGCAUGUCUCCCAAAGAGGCUGCUCAAGUUGAUCCACAACAAAGACUAAUCCUUCAAGUUGCGAUGGAAGCACUUGAGGAUGCAAAGUUGUCUACAAAGCAAUUGAAGGGUACAACUACUGGUGUGUUUAUUGGAUCGAGCUCAUCUGACUAUCAACGCACGAUGGGUCAGUCUGAGAUCAAUCAGUUUACCACACAGGGUUGCAACUCAUCAUUCCUUUCAAACCGUCUGUCCUACUUCUUGGACAUUGCCGGACCAAGCAUGACUGUCAACACUGCCUGCUCUUCAUCAUUGGUUGCCAUCCACUUGGGUGCCAACAGCAUAUGGAGAGACGAGUGUCGCAUGGCCAUCGUCGGCGGUGUCAACAUUGUAUCAUCACCACUUCAAUCACUCGACUAUGGCAAGGCUGGUCUUCUCUCUACCGACCCAUCCGGUCGUUGCUACAGUUUCGAUGAGCGUGCCUCUGGCUAUGUCCGCGCCGAAGGUGCUGGAGUACUCAUUCUCAAGAAUCUCUCCGACGCUGUCAAGGACAAAGAUGACAUUCACUGUGUUAUCAUCAAUACUGCCACCAAUCAAAAUGGCCAAACACCAAGUGGCAUCACAGCACCAAGAGCUGUUCAGCAGGAGGCACUGUUGAACAGACUGUUGGAUGGAGCUAACGUUUUGCCAAAGGAUAUUGGUUACUUUGAGUGUCAUGGCACUGGUACUCAGAUGGGUGACGCCAAUGAGUUGGAAGCAAUCGGUAAUGCCAUUGGUAAGCAUCGUGACACCCCAUUGCCAAUCGGCAGUGUCAAGAGCAACAUUGGUCAUUUGGAGGGUGCCUCUGGCAUUUGUGGCGUGCUCAGAUCAAUGGCCAGUCUCAAGAUGAGGACUCUGUCACCAAUGUGCACCAAGGGCUUCGCCACACUCAACCCCAAGAUCCCAUUCGACAAGUACAAUCUGUUGGUGCCAACCACCACUAUGGAGUGGGGCGACGACAGACGUCUUGCCAUUGUCAACUCGUUUGGUGUUGGUGGAUCCAAUGCCAGCGUGUUGAUCUCCAACUACAUCCCCAACCUGAAGGCGUCAUUCGACCUCUCUGACGGUGAGGAGGCUGCCAUCUCAGCCUCCCAGCACAUGGAGGUGUUCACAGUCUCUGUGAAUGUGAAUGACCCAGCAGUGAUGGCUGAGCGCGUUCAGGACAUGCUCGAGUACAUUGAGAAUGAGGGCGAGUGCAUCAGUCUCAAGGAUCUCUGCUACACUUCAACCGUUCGCACCAACCAUCUCUCAAACCGUCUAUCAUUCCUCAUCAACUCUAUCCAAGAUCUCAAGGAGAAGAUGGAGUCCUACAUCAAUGACCCCGAGGUCUCAGACUCGUGCAUCAUCCGCAAGGAGUCAUCAGACGCCUCCAAUCAAUUCGACAAGAAGAAGAUCGCCUUCGUCUGCUCGGGUCAAGGCCAACAAUGGAUCUCAAUGGGCAAGGAGUUGUUUGAGGGUAAUGCAGUGUUCCGCAGCCAGUUCAUCAGAUGCUCGAGCCUGUUCCAAGCUCUGUCUGGCUGGUCGCUCAUCGACAAGCUGUUUGACCCAAGGAACACUGAGGCCAUCCAUGACACUUGGUUGGCCCAACCAUCAAUUUUUGCCGUUCAAGUCGGCAUUGCCGCCGUGCUCAAGGAGGCUGGCGUCCGCCCAUCAUCAAUCAUCGGUCACUCACUGGGUGAGGUCGUUGCCGCUCACAUCGCUGGCAUGCUCACACUCGAGGACUCUAUCAAGUUGAUGUGGACUCGCAGUCAUCUCCAGAACAAGACCACUGGCACUGGCAAGAUGUGCAUCGUUGUGUCAUCCAAGGAUGACAUCUUGGCAUUGGCUGAUCGCUAUGGCCUUGCUGGUCAGAUCGUCAUUGCUGGCAACAACUCAUCAAAAUCAGUUGGCAUCAGUGGCAGCAACGCAGCCAUGGAGACCUUCAUGAACAUUAUGAAGGAUGAGCACGUUGCUUUCAAGCCAAUCAGGAUCAACGCAGGCUUCCACUCAUACCUGAUGGACACGAUCAAGGAUGAGUUCUUCAAGCUCUUCCCCAACAUCACCCUCAGCUGUCCAAAGGUCCCAUUCUACUCCACGACCACCGGCCAACUGAUCGACUCCUCCAACUACCAGACACUGGGAGUGAACUACUGGUGGAGCAACCUUCGUGAGACUGUCAUGUUCAAGGAGGCACUCACCGAGUUGAUGAACCGUGAGGAGAUGGACUGCUUCCUCGAGAUCUCUGCCCACCCCAUCAUCUCAUACUUUGUCAAUCACAUGAUUCGUGAGCGAUCGACCAACCACGUGAUCCUGUCAACCAUGUCGCGUGAUGCAUCAAACCACGACACAAUCAUGUCCUUGCUCUCCAAGCUCUAUGUCAAUGGCUACUCAACCAACUGGGAGGCAUUGUACCGCCGCCGUCGCCACACUGCCCUGCGCCUUCCAGCUCGUCGCUGGAACAUGGACACCUACUGGAUCGAGUCAGCCCAAUCAAUGACCGAUCGUCUGGCCAUGCCCAAGCGCAGCUCGCUCACACGUCGCCUCGUCUCAUUGUCACCAUCAUUCGAGGUCACCAUGGACUCGUCUCGCUUCAAGUACUUGGCCGACCACCAGAUCCAAAAGGUAGCUAUCGUGCCCUACGCCUUCUUCCUCGAGGUGGUGUACGCCGCCAUGAGCGAGUUGGCCCUCGAGUUGCCCUCGUCCAACUUUGAGGUCACCAACUUCCAGAUCCAAACUGCACUGGAGAUUGACGCCAAGUUCAACAUGGUGAUGCAGAUCAACUUCAACAGCAAGCUGACCCACUUUGAGAUUGGAAGCAUCUCUGAUGCCACCAGCGUCCCCGUCAAAUGGACCGUCCACGCCACUGGCAACAUCACUCAGUCCAACGUCACCGAGCUCAAGAACACUCAAUCAUCCUCUGUUAACAACCCAUUCGAGUGUGACAAUGUUAUCGAUGGCAAUGAGUUCUAUGCCAAGAUUGUCAAGCUUGGCUACAACUAUGGCCCAUCAUUCCAAGCACUCAAGAGAUGUGCUCCCAAGUCUGACAACAUGAGCCAGGUUUCUGAGAUCGUGCUGCCAUCCACCUCUGAACUGAACGCCCACACCAACUCUGACUUUGCCCUGCUGCACCCUUCAGUGCUGGAUGGUGUCUUCCAAUCAUGCUUUGUGCCCAUUGAGCAGAAGCGCCAAGGACUCUGGAUCCCUCAGUCAUUCGACAAGCUGACCUUGAUCCCUCAGAUGGUCACAGACAUUAGAGCACCAUUGCACUCAUACACCACGAUCACCAAUCACAAGGACAAGACCACCUUUGUCUGUGAUAUCUCUGUGGCCAAGCCCGAUGGAACAGUCGUCUGCCAGUUCAACAAUCUGACCAUGAAGUGCAUUGCCAGAGCAUCAUCCACUUCUGAAUCCACAUCGGCCACAGUCCAGCUCAAUGAUCAAUUGUACAGCUGCAAGUGGUCAAUGUCCAAUGAGGGUGCCAUCAGCCAUGACACCACUCGCUUCAACAAAUACGUGCUGUUUGCUGAUGAUGAAUCAUCUGAUUUGACAAUCAGUGUCGUGUCCAGUCUGAUCAACACCCACAAUCUGACUCAGGAUCAACUGUACAUUGUCAAGCAGUUUGGUGACUCACUCACCCACUACGUCGUUGACACUGUUGGCAACGUGAUCUCUGUGCCAAAGACCCCUGUCGCCGCCGACUACAUCCAUCUCUUCAACAUGUUUGCCAAGACUCAAUGUCACAUGAUCAUCCUCCCAUCAUUCUUUGUUGACAACAACACUGUCUCCGCUCCAUGCACCGCCCUGGUCGAGCAAUCCUACGCCUCUUUGCUGCUCAUCCUCCAACAGGCCAUGAGCAACGAGGUCAGUGGACGUCUGACACUGGUCACCAAGCAUGGCCAGAGCAUUGACAUGGCUGAUCAGGUGGACUUCACCCAGUACUCAUUGAUUGGAAUGUUGCGUGUAUUCUGCAAUGAGUACACCGCCAUGCACAGCUCAAUGAUCGACCUCGACUCUGCCACCCUUCAGUCGCCAUCAGUCUGUGCCACACUACUUGUGGACGAGCUAUCGCGUGUCGAAUCUAAAUGGGAGGUCGCUUUCAGAUCCUCAAAGAGAUACACCUACGACUUCCAAUCACAACUUGUUUUGGACGAGUCGAUCAAGAGCACCGUGGUGGCACCAAAAGACGAGCGUCGCUAUCAGGUCGAGAUCUGUGAUAAUGGUGUCAUCUCUGAUCUGUCAAUCGUGGAGACCGCUAGAGUGUCACCAAAGGAUGGACAGGUUGAGAUCAAGGUGGACAUCACAUCACUGAACUUUAGAGACAUCCUCAAGACCCUUGGAAGAGACUAUGAUGCCAACCACAUUGCCACCAUUGGUGAUGAGUUUGCUGGUGUAGUCACAGCCGUUGGCAAUGGAGUUUCGCACCUCACUGUUGGAGACAAGGUGUUUGGCAUCAACAUGGCCAGAUCAAUGUGCUCGCACAUCACCUGCGACGCUGACCUCGUCUUCUCCAUCCCCACCAACAUGACCUCCGAGCAAGCCUGCACCAUCCCAAUCACGUUCCUCACUGCAUGGUACUCAAUCGUCGUACAAGCCAAGCUCCAAGCAGGCGAGAAGAUCCUCAUCCACUCGGCUGCAGGUGGUGUUGGUCUGUCCGCCGUCCAGAUCGCCAAGCACCUGGGCGCAGAGAUAUUCGUAUCAGUGGGCACCAAGGACAAGGUCGAGUUCAUGAAGACCAUUGGCAUCGCCGCCGACCACAUCCUCAACUCCAGAAAUGCCAGCUUCCACGACGACAUCAUGCGCCUCACAAAUGGUGCAGGUGUUGACGUUGUCCUCAACUCACUGUCUGGCGACCUCAUUGCCAAGAGCAUCCUAUCACUUGCCAACUACGGACGCUUCGUUGAGAUUGGAAAGAAGGACAUCUACUCUGACUCAAAGAUUGGAUUACUUCCAUUCCGCAACAACCUCUCAUAUCUCGCUGUUGAUGUUGCUCAGAUGACAAUCAACCGCAGAGCAUACUUGGCCAACCUUAUGAACAAGACAUUGCUGCCACUGUUUGAGUCCAAGUCCCUCAACCCACUGCCAUUGAACACCUUCAACAUUAGCAACGUCGUUCAAUCAUUGAGAUACAUGUCGUCUGGCAAUCACAUUGGCAAGAACUUGGUGUCAUGGUGCGACAUCAACAAGGUCGCUCACACUGUCGACCUCCCCUUGACCCUGGCCACUGGCGCAACCUACAUGUUCACCGGUCUUGGUGGCCUUGCCAUGACAAUGGCCAACAAGAUGGUCCAACUCGGAGCCAAGAACCUGGUCUUUGUCUCAAGGAAUGGCGCAGACACCAAGCAGAAGCAAUCAUUCAUCGAGAGUCUGAGCGGAGUCAAUGUGUGCGUGAAGAAGUGCGACUUGACCAACGAGAACAAGACCAGAUCGGUCUUUGCCGAGUUGAUCAAGGAGGGACAUGUGAUCAAGGGCGUGUUCCACACCGCUGGACUUCUCCAAGACAAGCGUCUUGUAGAGCAGACCCUGUCCUCAUUCAAUGUUGCAUUCCACUCCAAGGCCACCAGUGCACUCAACCUGCACAAUGCAUCCAUCGAGCUUCUCGAGCAACCAUUGGACUACUUUGUCACAUUCGGAUCUGCCAUCACAGCGCUUGGCAACCCAGGCCAGUCCAACUACGCCACUGGCAACCGUUUAGUCGAGGCUCUCACACUGCAUCGCAAGCAAUCUGGAUUGAACGCCACCUGUCUCCACUUGGCACCAAUCCCAGAGAUUGGUAUGUCUGCCGAUGAGCGCAUUACAUUCAUUCUGAACAACAUGGGUUUCACCCCAUACACCAGUUUGGACGCAAUGGCCACUGGUAUCGUCGAGUGUCUCAGCGUCAAGGCCAAGGAAUCCGUUGUGCACUACUGCGACUACAAGUUCAACAAGUGGAUGUCGUCAGUACCAUCGUUCAGAGGAGAGAUGUGUCUCAACAUUGUAGAGUCCGUUGCCAACAUGGCCGUUGAUGACUGUGAGGAGCACCAUGCUGAUGAGGUCCAAGAGGACGUCAGCAACAACACUCAAUCAAGUGCCGAGAUUGAACAAUCACUCAAAGAGAUUGUUUCCAACAUCAUGGAGAUCAAGUUGGAGAAGGUUGACGCCAAUGCCAACUUCAAGGACCUUGGACUGGACUCUUUGCUCGCUUCAGAGUUGUCCAACUCUAUUCACAAGAAGUUCAGUGUCUUUGUUCCAAGUCUCUCACUCCUCGAUGCCAAGGCCUCGAUCAACACUGUCAUCAACAAGAUCAACCCAUCUGCCUCCGCCACCACUUCAUCCUCAUCCAGCAAGCCAGCUGGUGUCAAGAAGAAUGCUCAGGAUGAGUUGGUCAAGAGGACAAUUGAAUCGAUCAUUCAAUCAAAGAAGCCAAACAAUGAGAAGAAGCCAGUGGACCUCAAGAAGCACAUGAUGUUGUCACCAACAACACUCCAAGUGCCUUCAGUGCGUGUAAAUCAUGCUCAGGUCGUGCAACAAAAUGUUACACUUCCAGCCCUCUCAUUGCCAACAUACGCCACACCACUCUCAUUCAGCAGCCCAAGCACACCAGCAUCCGUCUCUCCAGUAUCCACAUCGCCAAAGAAUGUGUCGAGACCAGCCUCACCACGCGAGGUAGUGACCAUCCCAGUGCCAGUCACCGUCAACCACACUGCACCAGUCCAGCGUCGCGACAAUGACGACGACUACGCAACAGCCAUCUACGCCAUCGAGCCUCUGUCAGCGCCAUUCGCCACCACUCAGAAGCACGUGUUUGACUCGUACAAGGACCACACCAACGAGCUCACAUUCAUGACCAACGUCUACAAGAACUGCAAGAUCAAGGAGCGUUACAUGUUUGUCGACACCAAGGAUCAUAUGGCACUCAACGCCAAGACCACAUCCGAGAAGAACACUAUGUUUGCCUCCAUCGUCCACAAGACAAUUGUCGAGGCAGGUGAGCGCAUCAUCCAGCGCAACGGUAUCGACAGAUCCAAGAUCUCGCACGUUGUUGGUGUCACCUCCACUGGAAUCCUUGCGCCAUCAAUCGACGCCGUGCUGUGCCGCGAUCUCAACCUCGAGCCAACUGCAGGUCGCACAAUGAUCAACUUUAUGGGAUGUGGUGCUGCAGUCAUUGCCCUUCGUACUGCUGCCGUCCACGCCAAGAACCGUCCAGACACCUACGUGCUGGUGAUGGCAGUCGAGUCUUCCACCACCAACAUGGACAUCGACCCCAAUGACAAGGGUGACAUUGUAUCUGGUUGCAUCUUCUCAGAUGGAUGUGCUGCCGCACUGGUCACCUGCCAGUCCAAGUCCAAGCUGGCUGGCAAGCUUCAAGUCGUCGAUGACAUCUCAUAUUUGAUGAAGGACUCACAAGACGCACUGUUCAUGCAUAUGGGCGAUCGCGGCAUUGACCUGUCCCUGCGCCCACACCUGUCUGUCGCAAUCGAGAAGUACAUCAAGUCGACCAUGGACAGCUUCCUUGGCGCUCACGAGCUUGACAUUAGUGACAUGGAGUUCUGGGCUGUGCAUCCAGGCGGUCGCAAGAUCUUGGAGGCUGUUCACAAUGGUCUCAACCUUGGCGCAGAGGAGUUGGCCGAGUCCUACGAAGUGAUGAAGUGGUAUGGAAACAUGGUGUCCUGUUCAGCUCUCUACGUACUUAAACGUGUGAUCGAGAAGAUCAAGAACCUCAAGGCUGAGAAUGGAAAGGGACUACAACAAGGAAUUGUUAUGGCCUUCAGUCCAGGUGCAUCCAUUGAGGCAAUGCUCCUAAGGAUGAUCAACUAA